GCCGUCGUGGCGACUGCAUGUGUGUGUUGUUCCUCUGAGCCAACAUUCAUCCGUCCUCUCGCAUUAUCGCUCAUUUCCGACUACAUUGAAAGUGCAACAACAAUAUACCUUCUUUACGUAUUCCUACGUGUAACAAAGAUUCCUAUUGCAAUAAUAUAAGAAAGUAAAACUUAUUAAUGAAAACCAUAUAACAUCCGAGAUAAGUGGAAUUGUACUGAAGUUGAAGUUUCGCGGUCCUAACUUACGCUCCAUGACAACCGCCAUGGCGCACGAUGCUCCGUCUGCUGCUCCCACGGUGACGCGCAUGCGCACUGGCAUGUUCAGUGCGGAGCACGGCUUCUACCUGGCUACGUUCCUGGCCGUGACGGUCGUUAGUGGUGUUGCUGUACGGUUCGUGUGUCGCCAUUACUGCCACUGCCUUCGGUGUGGGAGGAAAACUCAUGCCCCAGCCGAUGACGCCAUAAGAAUAUCCGUUGUGGAUGGCCGGAACACAGCGCUUGACGCGCAAAACCAACGAGGCAACACUGGGGUGAUAGCGGCCAACCAUGACGGACAGUCUCCGAUCAACGGAGCGCCGGCCAUCCCUGAAUUUAGCCGCAACGGAGGUCCUAAUGUUGGUGAAUCGAUCAACCAGGGAUCAGGCCAGAACGGCCGGUCCAACCGGCGGCCGAUACAGUGGGCGACACCACAGCUGGUGAGCCCUGAACAUGAACAGGAGCCCCCCUUAGUGCCGAGAGGCCGCCUUUACUCAUGUCCUUCUCUGAUUACCUCUUCGAGCUUUGGUAAAACCACAUUGGACUGCACAAGAGGCAAUGUUGACGCAGGCGGUGCUGCGUGCGGCGUUCAGAGUAAGGAGCAUCUCCGGGAUCCACGCAGGUCCAGCAUCUGCCUGGCAGCGUGCACCAUGCAGACUGUGUACGAGGAAGAAGGUAGUGAGGAACUGAAUGACUGUCCACCAUCCCCUACUGACGAUAGCUCCUCGUCGCUGGAUGGCACCGAUCAAGUGACCGGGAUUAUUUACACUUUUGUUUUGCUUCCCACGAACGCAAGUCCAGAACCUGACAGGGUUCCUGCCGCUAGGUUCUCGAGUUCAACCGAAGGAUUGCGCCCUCACACCCACUUUUUGGGGUCUACAUCGGAGUGGGUUCUGGGCGCCUCGUGUGCAGACUCCCCUUCUGAGUGCGGUUCUGCCAGUAGUUGUGCGGGCAACACUUCAGGCUUUAACCCUCCCUUCCAUGAUCCUCAUCACUGCCUCCACGAUUUACCACCCAGCUACGAAGAGCUUUUCCCUCGGCCUGCACAUUCAGGAGACCAGAAUGCCCUUUUCGUUGAUAGGCCAGCUGCAUAUUGUGAAGCUGAAAGUGAUUCCGACCAUACAAAUACGUAGCCUAAUGUACGAAAGAUAUAUUCAACCCACCCUUUACUUUCUAGUAUUAAUUGAACUGGAGCUUCCAUAUUCAUAGGAGCCUAAAGCAUCAAAAUUAGUGCCUUGAACCUACUCCAAUGCUGCAUUAAUUCUACCCAAGUUUAGUGCAAGGUUUAGGUCCGACGAAGUUGGGUGUGUGUGCUGACGCGGUUAGCGUGUUCUGACGCCGUUCUAUUUAUCAGAAAUUAGCCAACAAACUUUGAUGCAUUAACUACAAAUUUAUCUCGUUUCUCAAGUUACACUUAUUCCAGUUAAAUUUACUUCAGUUAUAAUUCUAUUAGUCAACUGUUCAUAAGUUUCAAUUUUAUCAGUCACUUGUCCAUCAGUUACAAUUCUUCUAGUGAAAAUGAAGUAAUGGUUGAUUUAUUAUCGUAAUUUUAAUUAUUAAUAAGAUGUCUAUGCCAAGUUAUAGUGUAAGUUUAAUUGUGUAACUAACAGUUACAGCUCAAGUUAUGUCCCUCGUGUUCGUGUGCCCUAGUCCAAGUUACAAGAAUUUCAUAUUAAUGCAUUAGCUAUAACUGUUACUUUGACUUGAUUGCGGUGGUGCGUUUUGAUUCGAAAAAAUUUUAUCACUUCAAGUUCUCUUUACGAGAAUUAUAAUUUUGAAGCUGUUUCAUAAAGUCUAAUUUAUGCGUAAAUUUAAAAUUAAUACAAAAAGUAUCGAGCAUAUCACAGAAAGCAGAGACAGUGGAUCAAGUUAGCGUGUCUAUAUAAGAUUUGCGAAACCGCUUUCGGGUGGGAAGACCAAGCGAAAUUUGUUCGCCGAAGUUCGCCAAAUGUAUUGAGAAAUGUUUCGCUCAUUUGGCACCAUUGUAACCUGCAGCAGCUAAAAAGUGUCUUACGUGCAGCUACUAAAACUCGGGCGACUUGAAUAUAAAUCCAGUUCAAAGUAACGUCGCCACAGCUACCAUGUGCAGAAUGUACUGACCGCAGUGCAGCUAAUGUAGUCUUCCGUAAUUUUACUAAUUUUCGUAUUGAAAUAACAGCUCAAGAUUUUGCAUUUAGUUUGGUGUUAUUAGGUGACGAUCUCAUAGAAUAAGUUUUAAUCAAAUAAAUAUCAAAUUAUA